AUGUUAAUGGUUAUAGCCAACAAAAUAACAACUCUGCUAUCGUCUACAAUCAGAGAUUCGAUAACCAACGGGAAAACAAUCAGAGUUCAAAUCACAAAUGAAGCCACGAGGUUCGCGCAAACGAGAUAUUCAUUUCAGCCGUUCAUCUUACGUUUUUCUGCUAGUCAGGUCACUGCCAAACAAACAGCUAAAGAAUUAAUAAAUUACAUAAAGAAUAAUGUUAAUUUUGAAUUAGAUAUUGUUGGCUGUCGGGAAUCAAAAGUAAAAUGCGCCGCGAAUGAAAUUGAUAUCCUUCUCUUCGUCAAAAAUUCGAAAUCUUUUGCUUUUUUAUUGGAUGAGUUAAAUUGGCCACAAUCUAUUGAUGGACAGCAAUAUACGUUCCCUUCAAAGCCCUCGAUUCCCUCUCAAUUAUCGAUUGUCGUUAAAAACGUUAGUUUACGUAUUAACAUCGCUAGCUUUACUGAUGAUUUGAAAAAUGCUUAUCCAUCGGCAGAGAAUGUCAUACGUUUAAAGAAUAAGAAUCAAACGGAUAUUAAGUUACUCAAGGUUGAAUUCAAAUCAGUCGAAGAGAGAAAUACAGUCCUCGAACGGAGAAAAAUAAUGGUGAACUAUAUUAGUUAUGAUGUAGAACAAUAUUUAGGACAGGCGAAGGUGUUGAUCUGUACGAAAUGUCAAGGAAUUGGUCCUUUCAAACGUCAGUGUCAACAAGUCAAUGAAACAUGCAAAGUUUGUGGGGUCUCCUGCCACGAUAUUAAACAACAUCAGUGUUCGUUCGUGCCUAAAUGUAUUCAUUGUGGAUCAUCUCACAAUUCCAAUGACCCUAAAUGCCCGGUUGUGAAAUCAUUUCGUGCAUCUUUGACGAGGAAACUACUAUCGCUUCCUCCUACUUCGUCUUAUUCAACCGAUUGUCCGGCUGAUUUUCCACGUCUCGCUUCGGCUCAAUUUGCGUCUAUACGCAAUACGACCACUAAUUUGAUUUUGUUAAAAUUAGAUGUCAUUAAUAAGUGUGUGAAUAAACUGAAUGACAAUAUUGAAAUAUUGGCACGCAAAACUGAACAAUUUGAGAAGUUUAUGGCUGACAAGAUUGAAUCGGACAUACAAUUCGAUAAAAGAAUUCAGGCACUCUAA